CGGGACAGGUAAAGGUCAUGUGCUCUUAGGUGUAAUGGAUCGACGAAUUAAGUAGAAGCAGCCGAGCCGAUCCCCAGGCCGACGUGUGCAGGGCGCAGCGCAGAGGUGGUAAAGCGGAGGCGGAGUGGGGAGCGUAUUACGGAGCGUCUUACACACGCUUCUCUAGUGCAGGUGCAGUCCUCGCUCAGACGCUUUCAUCGGGACAACUGGGAGCGAACAUCUUCAGUAAGAACAAAGAGGACAUUUCCAGCCGGGCUACUUCUGCUGCCUCAAAGCUGUAACGAUUUUACUUCAAAAGUAAAGGAAAAUUCCAUGUGAAAGCCAUGCCACCAGUUCAUGCAGAACCCUGUAGCAGUGAAGAAGCCUCAUUUUGCUUGAACGGUGGUAACUGUUAUAGAAUACCAUCAGCGUCAUCCCCCUCAUGUGUUUGCAAUGAAGACUUCAAAGGAACACGUUGUGAAGAGUUCCAGCUCCUCAUGAAAACCACCUCAGAAAAUGACAGAGGAUUGAUUGCCGCAGUAGUUAUUAUUUCAGUCCUGAUUGCUUUAGUACUAAUUGCUGUCAUCUACUGUGCACACAGGACCUGGAAGGAGAAGAAAAAGAGAGCAGCAGAGUCGCUUUCCAAAAAACAAAUUUUGUAACACACUGGCAAAUAUAAACCAGACGUGAAGAUACAAGCAUUCCUCAUCUUCUGGGCAAACUUUUUAUACUGGGAUCACUCAGCUAAGGUGCUUUGUACUUGGACUGUUUGCUAGGAAUCGUAUUAUAUAUUUCAAAAUUCCUCAACUCAGAACAGAUUCAAUCGGUUAACUUCAUUUUUUAAAAAGCAUUGCCAGAGAAAACACUCUAAAGGAGAAAGAAGUGCAGAAAUCACUUACAGAAUGACUCAAGACCACCAGACACCGAUAUGGGCCUUCCAUUCUGGACUUGUGUAGUAAAUUGGUUUCUUUUUGUAUUAUAAUCAGAAUUAGAGUCUAAGCACUAAUUUCUUUGUGUUGAUUAUCCUCGUUUCAUUAAACUGGGCCAAUGGCUUGUAAUGACAGCAGUAAGACAGAAAAUGAGAGGCUUCGGUUACUAAUGAAUUUAACAAUGAAGCACAUCACAGAGUGAUAUUCUUUACUUAGUGUAGAUGUUGUAGGUUUGUGAAACUUUUCAAACAGCAUACUCCUAAUGAGUGGUCUGUAGAGCCUCAAAUGGACCCUGACCUCCAAGGACGUCUGAGGAAGAGGACUCUGAACACACCUGGAGCUGGAGUUGUUAAUGUCUACACAGCAAAUUGUGCAGUCAGCCCACAUACAAAAGAUUGGAGACUUGGGGAAACUCCUUAACAAUGUCUGAUCAUAACGUAACAUCAAUUCACUUGGUUUGCCGUUUUCUGUCUAAGCUGUGACGCUCAAAGUGAUUAUUUGGGAAAUGAGAACAUAGGGGUACACCUGUAAGGCACAGAGAGAGUGGGACCCACCCCAAUUAUGUCAUACACGUGGGGGAAGAGACUGGCAAGGGUGCGUGAUCCUUACUUUUGCAUUCAUGCAAGGCUCUUCAUUGUACAGCAGCACCAUUAUAAACAGACACCAUUGUCGACUCUUUUAUGAACACAUAAUCUAGAGUUGAAAAAACUGCAUGAAAUCUAUUAUCAAAUACAUUUAAAGGAAUACUCUACUCAAAAAUGAUAUGGAUUUAUAUGAUACUUACCCCAUGUAGUUUGUAAAAAAAAAAAAAUAAAUAAAUAAAUAAAUCCGAUUUUUUCAUGCAGAACGUAGAUAACAUUUCUGAUGGAAUGGGAGUCUAUGGGGACUGAUGCUGGACAACAGCAAACAAUAUCAAAAACGUGUGUGAAAAAUUCUCACAUUUACAGUAUGUCACAUAAUUCAUAUGUUAAGUUAGCUGGUUGUUUUACUAUAAUAUUGUUAAAUAAACACUUUUGAAUAAUGA